UUUGCACAGAUGAGGAAUAUUUCCUUACAUUUGAGAAGACUGUCCUGGAUGGUGGGUAGUAAAAGAAUGAGGAUGACUUCAAAUUUCCAGUGGCUCCUACUAGCAUUUAUUCUUCUGCAUUUAAUGAAUCAAGUAAAUAGCCAGAAAAGGGGGACUCCUCGUGAUUUGAAGUGUAUAACUAACAAUUUGCAAGUGUGGGACUGUUCUUGGAAAGCACCCUCUGGAGCAGGCCAUGGCACUAUUUAUGAAGUUUGCAUUGAAAACAGGUCCCAUACUUGUUACCAGUCAGAGAAAACAAAUGUUAAAAUCCCAGCUCUUUUACCUGGUGAUCAUGAAAUAACCAUAAACCGUCUGUAUGAUUUUGGAACUCCUAUAAGUAAAUUCACACUAAAUGAAAAAAAUGUUUCCUUAAUUCCAGAUACUCCAGAGAUCUUGAAUUUGUCUGCUGAUUUCUCAACUUCUACAUUACACCUAAAGUGGAAUGACAGGGGCUCUGUUUUUCCCCGUCACUUAAAUGUCAUCUGGGAAGUUAAAAUUCUGCGUAAAGAAAAUACAGAAAUCAUAAAAUUAGUGACCCACAACACAACUGUGAAUGGUAAAGAUACAGUUCAUCACUGGACUUGGGCCUCAGACAUGCCUUUGGAGUGCACCACCCAUUCUGUAGGAAUUCGAUGCUAUGUGGACGAUCCUCAUUUCUCUGGUCGCAAAGAGUGGAGUGACUGGAGCCCACUGAAGAACGUUUCUUGGUCUCCUGAUUCUCAGUCUAAGGUUUUUCCUCAAGACAAAGUGAUACCUGUAGGCUCAGAUAUAACAUUUUGUUGUGUGACUCAAGAAAAAGUGUUAUCAGCACAGAUUGGCCAAACAAAAUGUCCCCUUAUUCAUCUUGAUGGGGAAAAUGUUGCGAUCAAGAUCCACAAUAUUUCUGUUUCUGCAAACAGUGGGACGAACGUGGUUUUCACAACAGAAGAUAACAUAUUUGGGACAGUCGUUUUCGCAGGAUAUCCACCUGAUGUUCCUCAAAAACUGAAUUGUGAGACGUACGAUUUAAAAGAGAUUAUAUGUACUUGGAAUCCAGGAAGACCAACAGCACUUGUGGGCCCGCGCAAUACAAGUUACACUUUAUUUGAGAGUUUCUCAGGAAAAUACAUUAAAUUUAAAAGAGUUGAAGCACCAACAAAUGAAACCUAUCAGUUAUUCUUUCAAAUGCGUCCAAAUCAAGAAAUAUAUAAUUUUACUUUGAAUGCUCGCAAUCCUCUGGGCCGGUCAGAAUCAACUAUUUUAGUUAACAUAACUGAGAAAGUUUAUCCUCAUGUUCCUACUUCAAUCAAAGUGAAGGAUAUUAAUUCAACAACUGUUCUACUUUCCUGGCAUUUACCGGGCAGCUUUGCAAAGAUUAAACUUUUAUGUCAAAUUGAAAUUAAUAAAACUAACUCAGCACAAGAAUUGCGGAAUGUCACGAUCAAAGGAGUAGAAAAUUCAAGUUACCUUGUAGUGGUGGACAAGCUAAAUCCAUAUACUAUAUAUACUUUCCGGAUUCGCUGUUCUACUGAAACUUUCUGGAAAUGGAGCAAAUGGAGCAAUGAAAAAAAAUAUUUAACCACAGAAGCCAUUCCUUCAAAGGGACCAGAUACUUGGAGAGAAUGGAGUUCUGAUGGAAAAAAUUUAAUAAUUUAUUGGAAGCCUUUACCCAUUAAUGAAGCUAAUGGGAAAAUCCUUUCCUAUAAUGUGUCAUGUUCGCUAGAUGAGGAGACACAGUCCCUUUCUGAGAUCCCUGAUCCUCAGCACAAGGCAGAACUGCAACUUGAUAAAAAUGACUACAUCAUCAGCGUGGUGGCGAAAAAUUCUGUAGGUUCAUCGCCGCCUUCUAAAAUAGCUAGUAUGGAAAUUCCAAAUGAUGAUCUUAAAGUAGAGCAGGCGGUUGGAAUGGGAAGUGGAAUUCUCCUCACGUGGAAUUACGAUCCCAGCAUGACUUGUGACUAUGUCAUUAAGUGGUGUAACUCCUCCCGGUCUGAGCCCUGUCUUAUGGACUGGAAAAAAGUCCCUUCAAACAGCACUGAAGCUGUCAUAGAAUCUGGUAAGAUGAACUCAUAAAUCUCAUUAAAUGUUGGUGGCUUGCCCUGUACGAAUAAACUCCCAUUAAGCAUCCGCUUUUCCCCUUUUCCAGCUCCAAUUGUUGCACCAAAUUUUACUGUUGAGGACACGUCUGCAGAUUCAAUAUUAGUAAGAUGGGAAGACAUUCCUGUGGAAGAGCUUAGAGGCUUUUUAAGAGGAUAUUUAUUUUACUUUGAAAAAGGAGAGAGAGACACAUCUAAGAUAAGGGGUUUGGAAUCGGGUCGUUCGGACAUAAAGGUUAAGAAUAUUACCGACCUCUCCCAGAAGACGCUGAGAAUUGCUGAUCUUCAGGGUAAAACGAGUUACCAUCUGGUCCUGCGAGCCUACACGGAUGGUGGGAUGGGCCCAGAGAAGAGCAUGUUUGUGGUGACAAAGGAGAACUCUGUGGGAUUAAUUAUUGCCAUCCUCAUCCCAGUGGCGGUGGCCGUCAUUGUGGGAGUGGUGACCAGUGUUCUUUGCUAUCGGAAGCGAGAAUGGAUUAAAGAAACCUUCUAUCCUGACAUUCCAAAUCCAGAAAAUUGUAAAGCUUUACAGUUUCAGAAGAGCGUGUGUGAGGGAAACAGCACUCUCAAAACAUUGGAAAUGAAUCCUUGCACCCCUAAUAAUGUUGAGGUUCUGGAAACUCGAUCCGCAGUUCCUAAAAUAGAAGAUACAGAAAUAAUUUCUCCCAUAGCCGAGCGUCCGGAAGAGAGCUCUGAUGCCGAACCUGAGAACCACGUGGUUGUGUCCUAUUGUCCGCCAGUCAUCGAGGAAGAAAUCCCGACGCCGGGAGUGGAUGACGCCGGGGGGACCUCACAAGUCAUUUACAUCGAUGUCCAGUCUAUGUAUCAGCCUCAGGCGAAACCAGAGGAAGAACCAGAAAACGACCCCGUGGGGGGGGCGGGCUAUAAGCCACAAAUGCACCUCCCCUUCACCCCUGCUAUAGAAGACCCCGCCGCCGCCGCCGGCUUAGACAAAACUGCGGGUUACAGGCCUCAGGCAAGUGUCAGUACUUGGACCGUAGUGUCUCCAGACUCUCCCAGAUCCACAGACAGCAACAGUGAAAUUGUCUCUUUUGGAAGCCCCUGCUCCAUUAACUCCCGACAGUUUUUGAUUCCUCCUAAAGAUGAAGACUCUCCGAAAUCGAAUGGAGGAGGGUGGUCCUUUACAAACUUCUUCCAGAACAAACCGAACGACUAAUGGGGUCGCUCUGUCACUUCAGUCUGCCAUCUCAGUACGCUCUCCCUGCCGGCGCUGCCCUGCCAGCGCUGGGCAUCUCGGAGGGAUCCUGUGAAGGAUUGUUAGCAAGGUGGACCUCACGGAGCAAGUUACACUCAAAGUGCUAAUGUGCUUUUAACAUAGUCUCACCGCCCAAGUAGAGUGACUCAGAAAUUCAGACCAUGCACCUCAAGGUUUGGAGCUGUCUGUGAUUAGAGCCAAAGGGUUCUCCCGGGCUCCACCUUCGAGAAGCGCUCCACGGCCAAUCCUGUCUAGUCCCAUUCAUGCAAAACAGAUCCCACAGCAGCGCGUCCUGUUCUGUUCAUGGUUUUCUCCUAUGGAUACUUUAUGGAAUUGCAAGCAGAUCUACAGGCAUCGGAGAGAAAUGUCAGAGUAACAGAUGAUACUGAUUUGCCUGACCCUUGCUCCAUUCUAGAUGAAAACCAAGCACAGAUUUCUAAACUUUUAACAUUAUUCUCCUCUAGCCACAGCAUUUACAAAAUAUUAAUAUAAUUUUUAAUGUAGCAGCAGCUACUUAGUGUUUUAUUUGAUAACGCAUACUGAUUUCCGUGCCUACUGUAUAAUGGUCGUCAAACAGUUUUCUCAGGGGUACAAACGUUGAAAAUGAGCGUGACACUGACCAGCCCAAAUUAGAAUCGUGUUCUCUUGCUUUGGGAGGUUUUACAAACCUGGCCCUGACUUUGUAGCUUGCAUGCUCACUUCCCUUACUGCAGUCGGUUGCCCUACUAUUUAAAACUGAAAUUUCUAAGACUGAAGAUCUAAGUUUCUUUAAACA